AUGUUGUUUCGUUCAAUCAUUUUCGUUUCAUUUAUUAUUUUAAUAAAUAGCAAAACAAUUUCGCCAUUGAAUAUAACUAAGACUAUAAAAAAACUAACAACGACAACAACAACUUUUCCAACAGAAACAACUACAGUUUUAAAUACAACAACAAUGAAAUAUGAAGAAGAAAUGACAACAACAGCCACAUUAACAAAUUCUAUUAAAUAUAAUAAAUCUUAUGAAUUUCAAUCAAACUUUAGUCGUAAUAAUGAUUCUGUUUUUGUUUCUAUUCAUUCAAAUGUAUCAGAUACAUUUGUAUCGAUUAAUAAUACAUUUACUAUUAGUAAAUAUGAUAAUUAUCCAUGUGAAAUUUUAUUUAAUGAACAUUUAAAUAAUUUAAAUCAAAUGUUACAAACAACAAUUAUUAUUAAUUUCAAUCGAUCAUUAACACAUAAUUUAGCUAUUCAAUUUGGUGAUCGUUUAAUUGAUAUUGCAGAUCUUUUAUCAACAAUUCGAUUGAUGGAUAAUCAUAAUAAGACAAUAGAAACUGAUUAUUGA